AUAGCGUGUCAUCAACAGUCCAUCUUGUACAAGAUUGAAAAUUACAUAUAAACUACGCCCGGUAAUGCUAAUUGAUGAACGAAACAUAAACACAAGCAAAUUAAUUAGUUUGUCGAUCCACUAAAAUCCUAGUAGGAUUAUGUUUUUUUCUUCAUUUUGAGAGCAAUGGUGGUGGCACAACACCCUCCAGGUUAAUGCUUUCUUAUUUAUUAAUAAGUUUUCUUAUUGAUUUGAAAAUUUUAUAACAGAGCGCAUGAGUUACUCUUUUCCAUUAAUUCUUCUCAGAUGCUCUAUCUUGGUUCUUAAAUAUUUUUUUGGAUCCCAAUCCCAGUUUGCUUAUUUUGCUGGAAGCAAAUUAAUAGAAAAUUUGACAAAUCCUUCUUGCUGAUUGUUAAUUUGGUCAUUUCCUUCAGCAAUCCCCUCUUCCAUGACUAAAUUUCCAAGAUUAUAUGUUAAUCUGGCAAGUAAGUUCCCUUUAAGAGCUCGUCUCAGCGCCCUAUAAAUGAUCCUAGCCAGAGCCAUAUUUGGCGGCCUAAACCAAUCCAUGGUCGCCAACCUUCGAUCCCUGUCCCUCUUCCAAACUUGGCAUUCCUCCAGUUUCUAUCUAUGGCCGUGGUGAUCCCACACACCGCAAACCAAGCUCGUAUCCUGUUCCACCACCCGUUUAUUUCAAAUAAAACCUCCCUCCAACUCCGUCUCCUUCGCCAAGGAAUGGCGGGUUCCACGCUCCCCCUCUCUCUUCCCCUCCUCCUCCUCCUCCUCCCGGUUUCGUCCCCACAGCUCAUUCCCCGCACCCCCCUCCGCCCUCCACCUGUCUCGACCCCAGAAACACGUCCACCUCUUACCUCCGCUCGCUCCUCGCCCGUCUCCAAUGGCGGAGACACCGAACCCCCGACGAAGCCUCCAGGCCUCGUCUCCUUCACGGGCGGCAAAGGCAGCUACAAGAUGAUGGCCCACGAGUUCUUGAAAGCCCACAACGAGAUCCGCAAGCUUGCCGGCGAGAAGCCAUACGUAUGGGACAAGAAGCUGGCUCGCUACGCCCGGCGGUGGGCCGAGCAGCGGCGAGAGCAGUGCGACACGACCCACUCCCAUGGCCCCUACGGCGAGAACAUGUUCUGGGGGACCGGAUGGGACUGGAAGGCCAAGGAAGCCGUCCAGAACUGGGCCAAGGAGCAUCUCUACUACAACCGCACCGAGAGGUCGUGCUUGCCCGAGAGGAUGUGUGGCCACUUCACGCAGAUCGUCUGGAACAGCACGGCCAGGGUCGGCUGCGCCCGCGUCGAGUGCUACCACGGCGGCGUCAUCAUCAGCUGCAACUACGAGCCGCCGGGGAACUAUGUGGGCGAGGAUCCCUUCUCCUCCUGAGCUCCGAGCUUACAGGCGAUCGCAAACAGACGACGUCGAUGGGUAUACAAAAUCUUCCAUCAGUCCUACCUGAUGGCUCGUGCGAGUCGACCGCUUUCACAUCUCUGGAAGAACGAAGAGAGUAUAUAUCCAUGAAUGGAUGAUAUGGUAUUGUCUAUCACUUUUAAUUUGGUUUUAGUAGUUUGAAUGGAUGCUGCUAACGUGGAUCCCUUAUAUAUUAAUGGAGUUCUUAUUCUUUUAACUCCUUUUUUGUUGAACAUAUUUAAUUGGAUGUCAGUGUUGGGGUA